AGGCCGGAGGAUCGACUCGGGGUGUUGAUGCGCAAAGUUUGUGACCUUGUUUCCCUAUCCGGAUGCUAACGUUUUCGUGACAAUUCACGGAAGCAUUUGGUGCGAUAUACCUCCGUAAAUCGCGGGAUCGCAGAUUCAUCGACCACGUUUAUUCCCAUGAUACAGCACCUCGUCUCGCCGCGUUGCUCCCCCGAACGCGAUUGCAGACAGAAGAGGGUAGUCAGGUCCCCGCUGAUGGAAUCUUAGGAUACUAGGACGGGGCUUCCGCCUGUUCGGCACAGAUCUCGGCCUGAUGGCUGCACUGGACGUGCCCCUCAAAGACUCAGAGGGCACGCUCCGAACGCUUCGUCACACCGCCCAUCUGCCCUCUAUAUAACGGGGCGCGCGCAGCAUCUCAUCUUCAUCCGUCCCCUCUCCCAUCUACGGGACGACCGACGCGACCACCCACUACUCCCCCGCUAUCUCUUCGUAUACUUGAUCGACUGCGACAUGGCUUCCAACGGAACUCGCUCGAAGGCCCCUUCCUCCAAGCGCAAAGGCGGCGCCAAGGGGGGAAAGGGCGCGCGGGGCAAGGCUUCGCGCUCUCGGCCGGCAGCAAGCCGGUCGAAGACCGGCUGCUAUACUUGCAGGAUACGUCGAAAGAAGUGCGACGAGGACCGCGAUGGCGACGGCUCUUGCUCGACGUGCAAACGCCUCAACAUUCAAUGCUUGGGCUUUGGCCGACGCCGCCCUGACUGCCUGAAGGACAUCGUAGCCGAGUGUCUUCAGCGCAUCAAGGACCACCUGGCUCGCUCGCCGUCCGGCAGGGCUGAGGAUAUGCUCAUCCUCUGCUCUGAGUUGCUGCAGACCACCCCCGCCCCUGCAGGCCCCUCCUCCCCCGCCGGGCCCCUCUACACCCCUUCCACCGCUUCGACCGACCUGCAUACCCCGAGCCCAUGGGCUUUUACCGAAGCGCCUUUGGACGGCGCAGGUCCCAGCUUCACUAUGUCCCCGUUCUCGCGGGACAUGACCAUCAAGGCGGAGGAGAUGGGGACGGAGCCCGCCAGCAACAUGGGGGCAACCUUCCACGAUUACCCAGUCCAUGGCGGGCUCGAUUCGUGGAUGCCCAAGGGGGAGCCAACGACCCCCAUGUUAUCCGCAUCCCCCGCCGAUCCAUUGAUCGACGCGCUGCAGGGCCUUGGGCCCAGCAUGGAGAACCCUGACCUCCUGCAGGUCUCAGGUUCGGCACCCGAGGAUGGGAUGCUGUUUGCGUCCCAAGGCAAUGCCCUCUCGCGCGGACCUUCGUUCGAUCUUUCCUCGUGGCUCAACGACCUCUGA